CAUCUGUGUCUCUGCAGGCGCUCGUCCAAGUACAACCUGUGCAGUGACAACCAUGGGAUAAAGCCCCCGACGCCGGAGCAGUACCUGACGCCCCUGCAGCAGAAGGAGGUCUGCAUCCGGCACCUCAAGGCUCGCCUGAAGGACACACAGGAGCGGCUGCAGGACAGGGAUGCUGAGAUCGAGGACCUGAAGACGCAGCUGUCGCGGAUGCAGGAGGACUGGAUCGAGGAGGAGUGCCACCGCGUGGAGGCCCAGCUGGCGCUCAAAGAGGCUCGCAAGGAGAUCAAGCAGCUGAAGCAGGUCAUCGACACGGUGAAGAACAACCUACUGGAGAAGGACAAAGGCCUCCAGAAGUAUUUUGUGGACAUUAACAUCCAGAACAAGAAGCUGGAGACGCUGCUGCACAGCAUGGAGGUGGCACAGAACGGGGCGCUGAAGGAGGAGGGCGCCGGCGAGUCGGCCGGGGGGUCCCCGGCGCGAUCCCUCACCCGCAGCUCCACCUACACCAAGCUGAGCGACCAGGGAGCCGGGGACCGCAACGUGGGCGGCUCGCAGACCAUCUCGCUGGACGAGGGUGCCGACAGCGGCUUCGUGGGCAUGGAGGAGGCUCCGGGCCACACGGACCCGCUGGAGGUGGGGGGUGAGCCCGGCACCCGCCUGCCCCCCAGCAACACCUACGAGAAGGUGCUGGGACUGCGGAACAGCGUGGAGGCAGGGGUGCAGGCCAGCUGCAUGCAGGAGCGGGCCAUCCAGACGGACUUCGUGCCCUGCCAGCCCGACCUGGACACCAUCCUAGAGAAGGUGAUGAAGUCCCAGGCUUGCAGCUUGGGCAGCCCCACCUCCGCCUGGGUCUCUGAAAUGGAAGACACGGUGCCCGUCCCCGAGCUCGCCAACCCCAGCGGGACCACGGACCUGAUGGUGGCCGAGCCCGACGCCGCGGCGGCGGCUGCCAGUGCCGAGGGGGGCGUCCCCUGCAACCCGGCGGUGCGGCAGCCCCCCAGCGCCAGCCCCUCGGUGGCCAUCGCCUGCGUGGCGGAGGAGGAGCUGAUGGAGGUGACCGGCUGCGAGACCAACCCUUCCAAGAGCUACUGGAGCCGCCACUUCAUCGUGGAUCUGCUGGCGGUGGUGGUGCCGGCGGUGCCCACGGUGGCCUGGUUGUGCCGCUCGCAGCGGCGGCAGGGCCAGCCCAUCUACAACAUCAGCUCGCUGCUGCGGGGCUGCUGCACCGUCGCCCUGCACUCCAUCCGCAGGAUGGGCUGUCGCCCCGUCGCCAGCCCCGGCCCUGGAGGCGCUGCCCAGCCCUGACCCCUCCGGCGCCCUCCACCCGCCCCCACGGACCCGACUGCUGAUUGUAAAGCCCCGGCGUGGCCCUGGCGGGUGGGAAGGGGCCGAGGGGUCUGUGGGUGCAUCGAGGUGUGCUGCUGCCUCCCCCCAGCUCCUGGAGGAGGGAAAGAACUGUUGGAAGUUGGCACCCAGUGUCACCCCCCGCCGAUGGACACCCCUGCCAGUGCCUCUGGCUGCGGGGGGCUGUGGGGCUGCACCUGCCCCCCUUCCAUCGCACUUGCUUUUUGUUUGUCGCCAGGUUGUCCCCGGGGCCAGCCGUGCCACGGGCGGGUGGUGGCGAGGAGCCGCUGGCAGCGUGGAGCGCUGGGGAUGCAGCGGCUCCUUGCUCCAGGUGCGGUGUCUGUCUGUGGGCGGGGGGAUGGGGGGUUCCUGUCCGCACACAGGGAUCAGCUCCGGAUGCCUCCCCACGCUGGGAUGGAGCUGGGCUGCAGAUCACGCACGGAGCCCCCCGAGGAAGCCAUGGGCUCUCCCUCCCUUUGCUUUGCACUAUAUUCACUUUUUUUUGGGUACAGACUGAAGCCCGGCCGUUGGGACUCUGGCUGCCGGGCCGCGGGACCGGAGGCUGCUGUAGUUCUGUCCGCCGUGAUGCCGGUGAUCCCACCACCUGCUGGAGCUCGGAUGCCUUUGCUGGGGUGCGGGCAGUGCCGUGCAGGCAGAGCCAAGCCCUUUGCUGCCCCGGCCCGCCCAAACCCCGCUUUGCUGGCGGCCUCCGGAAAAAAAUGCCUUUUUUUUUUGUUGUUGUUGAAACACAAAGACAGCAAGGAUUGCUCAGCGGGGCUGCUGGGGCGCGGGACUUGGGGCUCCCCCGGGCGUGCCGCACUCCCACCCCACGAAUGUCUGUGGUUUCUUCGUGACUUGAACUAACAGUGUUUCCCCCAACCCCAACCCAGGCCCACUCCCCCACCCGUGCCCUGGCAGCCGGUGACGCUCCACACGCCGGUGUCCAGCGGUCCCCAGAGGGGCACGUGCCACAUCCUGUGUGCCCCACACUUCCCUGCAUCCCCCUUCUGCCAGCUCUGCCCGUGCUGGGGGGCAGUGGGGACAGCAGCUCUGCCACCAGCACAGCACCAGGUGCUGGGGGAAGGAUUUGGGGAGCAGCAGUGUCCAGGGCAGAUGUAAGUGGAGCUGGGAUAUUCGCCUCUCGUGCAAUGUAUUUGUGGAUCUGUGUACACGUCUGUUAGGCUAUCCAAAGCUUUGCCAAGAAAUAAAUGUAACGACUAUAUUUGAAAGACAAAUCUAUAUAAUAUAUUUUUUAAAUACAGAACUGAAAAAGCUGUAA